AGAGAAGGAAGUGAGCUCAGAGGCCUGGGUGCCAGAAGCAGCAGCUCUCCUCGGGGGACAGGUGGGCUCCUGUCUCCUCAUAGAACCUCUCACAGAACCAAUCAAAGUGGGGCCUUCUCCAGUCUGCCUUCUAGAGGGAAACCAAAGGACAGAGAGUGUCACCAUGCUCCUGCCCUCCAUCCUGAAGAGCGUCUUCACCAUCUGUGUCGCAGCUGCCUUCCUGCUCACCACUGUGGAGAGUUAUGGGUGUACACAGUGCUCCAAGGACCAAUGCAGCACUAUGCCCUCCAAGACCUGCCACACCUCCCAGGCCUGCUUCAGCCGUAAGGAGGAGCUAAAAGCUUCAGGGCAAGUGAUUCGCGGCCCUUACCAGGAGAAAGGCUGUUCUCCAGGAGUGUGCACCCCGCUGGCCUUCUCAGCAACAAUGGGGAACAAAACGACUUUCAGCUACAACUAUCAGUGCUGCCACAGUGAACAAUGCAACAAGAAGGAUGUCCCCAUGCCAGUGGACUCUAAAGUCAAUGGUGUCGUGUGUCCUGCUUGCUACAAUGAAACUGGCCUGGGCUGUGACCCAGUCUUCUUGCACUGCACAGGGAAAGAGACGAAGUGUGCUGAGGUGGUCGGCGUAGUCAGAAUUAAUGACAUCAAUAUCUUUGGGUUAUUUGCUCUGGGCUGUGCGACUGAAUCCGCCUGCAACCUGCAUCUCAAUAUAUUGGGGAACAUAGAGAUCCGCACAAAAUGCAAGGGCACAAGCAGUGGGAGCUCCCCACUGAAGUCUGUCUCCUCAGCUACCCUCGCCAGUCUUUUCCUGCUGAAAGUCUUGCUUUGAUUGUGGGCACUGGAAAGCCCAUAAUUCAGUAAACCUGUAAAUGUUAGAGGCCUUGGAUGGUUCACUUUCCCCAAUCUUUCCCCACAAGGACAGGAUUAAAAAGCUGGUGUUUCCAUAAAUAUGUGUAGAAUUACUCAUCUGCAGUUACAUUUUAGAAGUGCUCCUCUUUCCCUCAUGGUUGCUUGCAGCACUGCCCAGGGGUCUGCGAGGGCAUCUCUGUGAUCCCUCCUUCAUCACAGCCCAAGUCCUCAGCACUGUUCUGCACAGUUUCUCUCCUUCGAGGGCAAUAAUGUGGAUGAGCGAUUCAGAGCUCCAAAGGGUCCCUUCCCACAGUUCAUAAACUCCCAGGUUCAACUAACACACACACACACACACCUAGAACACACGUGUGGAAUUCCUGCCUUGCACUCUGGAUGCUUCCACCUCCAAGAGUGAGCAGGCACAGGACUCAGGCUUGUGAGGUGGUUCUGAGCCCAAGGCCCCAGUGCGGAGGGCCAGUGCUAGAGUUCCCAGGACUGCUCUGCUUGCUCCUGUGUCUGGGCUCCAGCAGCCCUGUUCAUACUCUGUGUCACCUGGGAAGAGACUGGGAACCAGAGAGACACAGCCUUUACAGAAUCCAGACCUGUGCUGCUGCUGACCUCACAACGAAGCAACCUCUUGGUUGCGCAUGUCAUCAUUCUCCAAACUCAGCUUAUCUCCUACUGGGUGCAGCUCAUCUCCCAACACAGCCCUGGAGAAGAGCAUGUCCUCACUGUCAUUUUUAUAACUAGAAGGUUCGUAAAGCCAGAACUACUCCAGUGCGUGUCAGGCCCCAGGGCUUUCUGCUCCAGGUUUUCUUUUCUGUCUGGUCAGAGACAUCCUAUACCUCUUAAACUCUGAGCAGCCUUUAAGGUUGGGGUCCCUGCUCUUCAGGGCUGCAUCCGGAGCCCUUAACACAUGCCCCUCCAUGUCUGUCCUGCUGCUGCUGCCUGUGUGGGAUGUGCUCAGCACCCCAGAGAGAGCCGAGCCUCAAACUGAGAAAAGUCAGUCCUGGAACUUAUCACCCAAAACUACAAAAGAUGACUGAAUAAUAUGGUGAAUGUUUAAACUUUAAAAGAAGAGACUUAGCCAAGAACCAGAGUGUAUUUGAAAAAAAGGAGUGAAUUUUGAGGGGAAUGAAAGGCAAGUUUUCUUUUACUGUCAUGAAUAAGAAAACAAAUUUUUAACAUUCGCAAUAUAUUUUGAUUGCACCUCCCCUGUCUCAUCUGUGGCAGCCCACAGGCCUGAAGCUAUUCCUGCCAGUUGUACAGACUCAUUCAUUUUCAUUGCAUUGACAGUAUCAGACACCAGCCCACAGCAUUUCAUUGUCUUUUGCCACCUGAGCAGUGCAACUGAAAUAAUAUCCUCAGACCCAUGAGUUAGUCCUUCCCUCCCUGCAUGUAUACAUUAGUGCCCCAGAAGGAAGCAGGCAUAUGAAAGAGCCUAUCCUGAGGACCCUCUGCCACCAGGGUGGAGUCCCAGUGAGCCAAGGGAGGGCAUAAACUAUACCCAUCAUUCUUUCAUCACCCUGGGAAGCUCAAUUCAGAGGAACUCCGGUGCCUGGAUCAUCCCUUUGCAUUGUGUUACAGUCAGUCAGUGUGGAAAGCAUUUUGGACAAAAUCAGCCCAUCUCAAGAAACCUCUGAAAGUGAAAUGAAAGCAUAGUCUCAGACCCCAACCCACCGAGAACAAGUGCAGGAGACAUUGACAUGGAAGAUCUUGGAAACUGCACCACUGAAAUUUCUAAAUCCAUGACAACUGUGGUAAAGAAACAGUUCUAUGAGACUACUGUGGAAACCACAUCAGAAACAAUCUUUCAGGUAAAAAAAAAAAGAAAUGACAAACAUUAUGAAAGAAAUAUUGUGCAUAUCUAAAGAUGUAAAUUUUAAAAAUAGAAAAAUAUUUUAAAAAUCAAGGAAAACUUAAAUGAACAGUAUAUGAAAAAAAGAAUGUGUGAAACACAUUGAAGGAGGCAGUCAGGAAAUUAAAAAUUCCAUUAAAUAUGACAAAAUGGUUUGAAUAAAGCUGAGGAUUGAGAGCUGAAGACUGACAGCUAAAGACUGACAGCUGAAGAUUCACAGCUGAGUUCUACAAGAAAUUCAGAGAUUUCACACCAAUAUCCCUCAUUCUCUUUAAUGAAAUUAAAAGGGAACUAACUCUCCCAAAUUCAUUCCUACAGGCAAGUAUUACCCUGCUACUAAAACCAGAAAACUACAGGCCAAUCUCCCUAAUGAACAUAAAUGCAAAAAUCCUCAAUAAAAUGCUACCAAAAAGAAUCCAGUAAAUUAUUAAGAUGAUCGUACAACAUGACCAAGUGGGACUUAUCCCAGGAAUACAGGGAUGGCUCAAUAUACACAAAUCAAUAGACAUAAUACUUCAUAUUAACAAACCCAUGAAAAAAAAUCAUGCGAUCAUCUCAGUAGAUGCAGAUAAAGUUUUUAAUAAAAUCUAACACUCAUUCACGAUAAAAACCCUACUGAAAAUCUAAAUAGAUGAUAUCUAAGUCAAUCUGAAAAAGCCAUGUAUGACAAUCCCACAGUCAAUAUCAUACUACAUGGACAAAAACUGAAAGGUUUCACUCUAAAAUCAGGAACAAGACAAAGAUACGCGCCAUCACCACUGUUGUUCAAUAUAGCUCUUGACACAUUAGCUGGAGCAAUUAGAUAAGAGAGAGAAAUAAGAGGAAUAAAGACAGGAAAGGGUGAAGUUAAAUUAUCCUUAUUUGUAGAUGGCAUGAUACUCUACCCAGAAGAUCCCAAAACUGCAACAGAAUUCUAGACUUAAGAAGCAAACUCAGCAGUGUAGCUGUUUACAAAAUCAACACUCAAAUGUCAGUAACAUUACAUACAUACCAACAAACUCACCAAGAAAAAAAUUAGGGAAACUACAUUCUUCACAAUAACAUCCCAAAAAAUGAAAUACAUAGGAAUCAACCAGACAAAGGAACUCAAAGAUUUGUACAUUGAAAAUUACAGUACUCUGAAAAAAGAAAUUAAAGAGAUAUUUACCAAAUGGAAAGAUGAGUAACUGAUGUUACUCAUGGAUAUGAAUAACCAACAGUUAUGGUUUGUGUCUUGGCCUCUUGCACUCAUGGAUGCUGCUGAAUCUAGUAUUUCUGAUUGGCUUGUUGUCCAGUGCUGGGAUUGGUAGUGUGAGUGCUGUACCCGCCCAGGGCUGGAGCCAGCACACGAUGUAAGGGAAGGGAAGAGACUGCCUUCCUUUUUGCCCUUUAGCUUCUUGUCAGUUGGGGCCACCAUGAACACCUGCACCUCAGCCACACCUCCGUGCCUUCCAGACAGCUCAGUGUGGACUGAAACCUCCGAAACUGUAAUUUAAAUAAACAUUUCUUUGCUUCA